AUGCCAUGCCAACAAUUGUCAGGACUGCUGUGCAACGCCAACAAUUGUCAGGACUGCAGUGCCAUGCCAACAAUUGUCAGGACUGCUGUGCAACGCCAACAAUUGUCAGGACUGCUGUGCGAUGUCAACAAUUUUCAGGACUUCUGUGCUACGCCAACAAUUGUUAGGACUACUGUGCCCUGUCAACAUUGUCAGGACUGCUGUGCAACGCCAACAAUUGUCAAGACUGCUGUGCAAUGCCAACAAUUAUCAAGACUGCUGUGCAAUGCCAACAAUUAUCCGGACUGCUGUGCGAUGUCAACAAUUGUCAGGACUGCUGUGCGAUGUCAACAAUUGUCAGGACUGCUGUCUAAUGCCAACAAUUGUCAGGACUGCUGUGCAACACCAACAAUUGUCAAGACUGCUGUGCAAUGCCAACAAUUAUCAAGACUGCUGUGCAAUGCCAACAAUUAUCCGGACUGCUGUGCAAUGCCAACAGUUGUCAGGACUGCUGUGCAAUGCCAACAAUUGUCAGGACUGCUGUGCAACACCAACAAUUGUCAGGACUGCAGUGCCAUGCCAACAAUUGUCAGGACUGCUGUGCAACGCCAACAAUUGUCAGGACUGCUGUGCGAUGUCAACAAUUGUCAGGACUGCUGUGCAACGCCAACAAUUGUCAGGACUGCUGUGCGAUGUCAACAAUUGUCAGGACUGCUGUGCAACGCCAACAACUGUCAGGACUGCUGUGCAAUGCCAACAAAUGUCAGGACUGCUCUGCAACGCCAACAACUGUCAGGACUGCUGUGCUAUGUCAACAAAUGUCAGGACUGCUGUGCGAUGUCAACAAUUGUCAGGACUGCUGUGUCAUGCCAACACUUUUCAGGACUGCGGUGCCAUGCCUACAAUUGUGAGGUCUGCUGUGCCAUGCCAACAAUUGUCAGGAUAUACAAUACAAUGUAUGUCAGAGCAGCUUUAAGCUCUGACAGCGGAGGAACAGGGGGCAGUAGGAAAAUAUGA